AUGGUGUGUUUGUCUGAAAACGGUGAACAACAAGUCGAAGUUCCUCAAGAAGAGGUCGAAGUCGCUGAGGCUGCUCCAGCAGGCAAGAUGUCUGUCGAGGAAGCCCUCCAACAAGUUCUCAAGAACGCCCUCUACCACGAUGGUCUCGCCCGUGGUUUGAGAGAGUGUGCUAAGGCUCUCGACCGUAGAGCUGCCCACCUCUGUGUGCUCGUCGAAACCUGCACUGAGGCUGAGUACAUCAAGCUCAUCGAAGCUCUCUGCGCAGAGCACCAAAUCAACCUCAUCAAGGUCUCCGACGCCAAGGUUUUGGGUACCUGGGCUGGUCUCUGCAAGAUCGACAGAGAGGGUAACGCACGUAAGGUCGUCGGUACCUCUUGCGUCGUUGUCCGCGACUUUGGUGUUGAGUCUGAGGGUCUUAACGUCCUCUUGGACUACUUCAAGAGCCGCAACUAA